AUGAAAGAUGCUCUCAUCUCAGUGACAGAGAGCAAAGAUACUGCUCAUUCAAUUGCUAUGGCGGGACGAAAUCAGCACCGCCUGACUCCGGCCGAAAUCCGUCUAAAGGAGGACCGUAUCGCCGCCCGCAGCCGCGAGAUCCAAACCCUCCUUCUCGACAAUCAGCGCCUCGCCGCUUCCCAUGUCGCGCUCAAGCAGGACGUCCUCGCCGCGCAGCAGGAGCUCCGCCGCCUCGCCGCCACCGCCGCCUCCGUCAAGGCCGAGAGGGACGCUCAGGUGCGAGAGGUCUACGAUCGCUCCCUCAAAUUGGAGGCCGAGUCUCGCUCCGCCGACGCCCUCUCCGCCGAAUCGAACCGUGUUAGGGCUCAAAUCAAGGACCUUAGGGCUGAUCGCGACCAAUUAUCGGCCAAAUUGAAGGAAGUCCAAGACGAUAUCGCGAGGACUCAACCCGAGCAGCAGGAAUUCUCCGACCUCAAGGCUGACAUUGAGGCAUUGCGUAGAGAAGUGCAAAAAGGAAGGGCUGCUGUUGAAUAUGAAAGGAAGAUGAAGGCCACCAACUUUGAACUAGGUGAAGCAAUGGAGAAGCACCUGAUGUCUAUGACUCGUGAGGCAGAAAAAUUGCGUGCUGAACUUGCAGAGAAGAGAGCUAUGGCGGCCGGUGUAGGUUCAGGAACAUCUGCCAACCCAGCUCCUGGAUAUGCCGUUCACCAGAGCUUUGUUGAACCUGGAGUUGGUAGAAAUGCAUUACCCGAUCAGCCUGCUGUUCAUCAGGGUAUGAAUCAUGUACCUGGAGGGCCUCAUGGUCCCAAUGACAUGCAAAGAUAGCUGCAAAGCAGAAUUGUUGGCUACCCUCUUCUCCUUCAUCAGGGUAUGAAUCAUGUGCAUGGAGGCCUCAUGGUCGCUACGACGAUCGCAGCAGAGUCGAAUGGCCGGCUACCAUCAUCUCCUUCAUCAGGUUAGUUGACAUUGAAACAGAUUUCAAGUCGACUUAAAACAGGAAGCCAGAUGGAAACGAUGCUUCUUAGAAGUGCUCCUUUUAAACUUACACUCUAGUUUGCAACUUGUGUUGUAAAUUUUUUACUAAAUUAUAAAGAUGCAGUUUAUUAGUAGUAUAAUUAAACAAUUUUAUGAAAAAAGUACAAUAAUUGAAAAAUGUUGUGAAAUCA